AUGCAAACCCCACGGCAGCACCGGAGCAGCCGCGGGCUGCCGGAGGGGCGGCGGGCGCUCGGGCAGCAGCGGGGGCAGCGCCCGGCGGGACCCGCGGAGCGCAGCGAGCCCCGGGCGCCGCUGGCACAGCCGGGCGGGCAGCGGGGCCCGGCCGGCGCUUACCUGCUGUGCUGCGCUGCGGUGCGGUGCGGCCGCCGCUGCCGGCCGGGGCCGCCGCGUGCCCGGGGACUGCCGGCCGCGCACACCCCCGGUGCCCCUGCCCUGUCCGUGCCCGGAGCUGCCCCUGCUCCCUCGUGCUCCGGGAAGGGCGGCAGCAGCUGCGGGCGCGCCGGGCCCGGGGGGGCUCGCUGUAGCACGCGGCUGUGCCGGCAGCCGGGGGCCGGACGGGGAUUCUCGUUUAUGACGUUAAGUGUCACCCAGAUGAAGCCUGAAGCAGUAACUGACAAUGCAGACAAGGCUUUGGAAGGCGCCGCUCGGGGCCGGGCCCGCUGCCGGGCUGGGCCGCAGCACCGCGGCCUGGCGCUGGGAGGCUCCCGCCGCGCGCGCCUGCGCACGGCCGAGGCGCCGGGCUGCGGCGCGGCGGCGGCCGAGCCGGCCCGGGAGCUGUUCGAGGCCUGCAGGAACGGGGACGUGGAGCGGGUCAAGCGGCUGGUGCGGCCCGAGAACGUGAACAGCCGGGACACGGCGGGCAGGAAGUCCAGCCCGCUGCACUUCGCCGCAGGUUUUGGUCGGAAGGAUGUAGUUGAAUAUUUACUUCAGAGUGGUGCCAAUGUCCACGCACGAGAUGAUGGAGGCCUUAUUCCCCUUCACAACGCCUGCUCUUUUGGCCAUGCUGAAGUUGUCAAUCUGCUCUUGCGGCACGGUGCGGAUCCUAAUGCUCGAGAUAAUUGGAAUUACACUCCCCUUCAUGAAGCUGCCAUUAAGGGGAAGACAGAUGUCUGCAUUGUACUGUUGCAGCACGGUGCUGAACCAACCAUUCGGAACACAGAUGGAAGAACAGCUUUGGAUUUAGCAGACCCGUCUGCAAAAGCAGUGCUGACUGGUGAAUACAAGAAAGAUGAACUCUUAGAAAGUGCCAGGAGUGGAAAUGAGGAAAAGAUGAUGUCUCUUCUUACACCAUUAAAUGUUAACUGUCAUGCAAGUGAUGGCAGAAAGUCUACUCCAUUACAUUUAGCAGCUGGGUAUAACCGUGUAAAAAUAGUCCAGCUCUUGCUGCAGCAUGGAGCUGAUGUACACGCUAAGGAUAAAGGAGAUCUGGUGCCACUUCACAAUGCCUGUUCCUAUGGUCAUUAUGAAGUAACAGAGCUUCUAGUAAAGCAUGGAGCAUGUGUGAAUGCAAUGGAUCUGUGGCAAUUCACCCCUCUGCAUGAAGCAGCUUCUAAGAACAGGGUGGAAGUAUGUUCUCUUUUGUUAAGUUAUGGUGCUGACCCAACACUGUUGAACUGUCACAACAAAAGCACCAUUGAUUUGGCUCCAACACCCCAAUUAAAAGAACGAUUAGCAUAUGAAUUCAAAGGUCACUCACUGCUGCAGGCUGCAAGAGAAUCGGAUGUAGCUCGUAUAAAGAAACAUCUUUCUUUGGAAACAGUGAACUUCAAGCAUCCUCAGACACAUGAGACAGCAUUGCACUGUGCUGCUGCAUCUCCGUAUCCUAAGAGGAAACAAGUAUGUGAAUUGCUGCUGAGGAAAGGAGCCAAUAUCAAUGAAAAAACAAAAGACUUCUUGACUCCUCUGCAUGUGGCAUCAGAAAAAGCUCAUAAUGAUGUUGUUGAAGUAGUUGUGAAACAUGAAGCUAAGGUUAAUGCAUUAGAUAAUCUUGGCCAGACCUCUCUUCAUAGAGCAGCACAUUGUGGUCAUCUUCAGACAUGCAGGUUGCUGCUGAGUUCUGGAUGUGAUCCUUCCAUCGUGUCUCUGCAGGGCUUUACAGCCUUACAGAUGGGGACUGAAAGUGUGCAACAGCUUCUACAAGAAGGUAUCCCAUUAGGUAAUUCUGAUGCAGAUCGACAGUUACUGGAGGCUGCCAAGGCUGGAGAUGUGGAUACUGUAAAAAAGCUGUGUACAGUCCAGAGUGUGAACUGCAGAGAUAUUGAAGGACGUCAGUCUACACCACUUCAUUUUGCAGCUGGAUACAACAGAGUAUCUGUUGUGGAGUAUCUUCUUCAGCAUGGAGCUGAUGUACAUGCAAAAGAUAAGGGAGGACUUGUCCCUUUGCAUAACGCCUGCUCAUACGGUCACUAUGAAGUUGCAGAGCUGUUGGUUAAACAUGGUGCCGUUGUCAACGUGGCUGACUUGUGGAAAUUCACUCCCUUGCAUGAAGCUGCAGCAAAAGGAAAAUACGAGAUUUGCAAACUCCUGUUACAGCAUGGAGCUGACCCUACAAAGAAAAACAGGGAUGGAAAUACUCCUCUAGACCUUGUUAAAGAUGGUGAUACUGAUAUUCAAGACCUGCUUAGAGGAGAUGCAGCUCUCCUAGAUGCUGCAAAGAAAGGUUGUUUGGCCCGAGUGAAAAAGCUCUGUUCACCUGACAAUGUCAACUGUCGGGACACGCAAGGACGGCAUUCAACACCACUACAUUUAGCAGCUGGUUACAAUAAUUUAGAGGUUGCAGAAUACCUUUUGCAGCAUGGAGCAGAUGUGAAUGCACAGGAUAAAGGAGGCUUGAUUCCUCUGCAUAAUGCAGCAUCUUAUGGGCAUGUUGAUGUAGCAGCUUUACUUAUAAAAUAUAAUGCAUGUGUGAAUGCUACAGACAAAUGGGCUUUCACACCACUUCAUGAAGCAGCCCAGAAAGGAAGGACUCAGCUUUGUGCCUUGUUACUGGCACAUGGGGCUGAUCCUACUCUGAAAAACCAAGAAGGACAAACACCAUUGGACCUGGUCACUGCAGACGAUGUCAGUGCGUUACUGACUGCAGCAAUGCCUCCAUCUGCCUUACCGACUUGCUACAAACCUCAGGUUAUAAGUGUGUCUCAGACUACAGGUUCUGCAGCUGAUUCCCUCUCUUCUGUUCCAUCCAGUCCGUCCAGUCUGUCUGCUGCAAGUAGUCUUGACAACUUGUCUGGUAGUUUUUCUGAACUUCCCUCUGUUGUUGGUACAAACUGUGCAGAGGGAGCUACUGUUCUGGAGAAAAAAGAAGUUUCAGGUGUAGAUUUUAGCAUUAAUCAGUUUGUGCGGAACCUUGGCCUUGAACAUCUAAUUGACAUAUUUGAGAGAGAACAGAUAACAUUGGACGUAUUGGUUGAAAUGGGACACAAAGAAUUGAAGGAAAUUGGCAUUAAUGCUUAUGGCCAUAGGCAUAAAAUCAUCAAAGGAGUUGAAAGACUUAUUUCUGGACAACAAGGACUUAACCCAUACCUGACUCUGAAUACUUCUGCUAGCGGAACUAUUCUCAUAGACCUUUCCACCGAAGACAAGGAAUUUCAGUCUGUAGAAGAAGAGAUGCAGAGUACUGUCCGAGAGCACAGAGAUGGAGGACAUGCUGGUGGAGUCUUCAAUAGAUACAACAUCUUAAAGAUUCAGAAAGUGUGCAACAAAAAACUAUGGGAAAGAUACACGCACAGAAGGAAAGAGGUCUCUGAAGAGAAUCAUAACCAUGCCAAUGAAAGGAUGCUGUUUCAUGGCUCCCCAUUUGUGAAUGCAAUCAUUCACAAAGGCUUUGAUGAGAGGCAUGCCUAUAUAGGUGGCAUGUUUGGAGCUGGGAUUUAUUUUGCUGAAAAUUCUUCCAAAAGCAAUCAGUAUGUGUAUGGAAUUGGAGGUGGCACUGGAUGUCCAAUUCACAAAGAUAGAUCUUGCUAUGUUUGCCACAGGCAGUUGCUCUUCUGCCGUGUAACAUUGGGCAAGUCCUUCCUGCAGUUCAGUGCCAUGAAAAUGGCUCAUUCUCCCCCAGGACAUCACUCAGUGACUGGGCGACCCAGUGUAAAUGGAUUGGCAUUGGCAGAAUAUGUCAUUUACAGAGGAGAGCAGGCUUAUCCAGAAUACUUGAUUACUUACCAGAUUAUGAAACCUGAAGCCACCACUGAAGCUUAAGACAAGUUACUUGUGGGAAACCAUCAGACUUUGGAUGCGAAGAUAUCAAUGGCUGCCAUCCCAAUAAUAACAAGUUUUUGUUGAAAAACUUCCCAUUCCCAGGUGGUGUGGUAGCAAAUGUGAACAAAAUAUACCAGUUUUGACUUGAUAAAGCUUUAAUAAUGUACAGUAUGUUUUUCUAAAAUUUCAGAAAUGUCCUCUUUUUCAGCACUUUAACAGAUACCAUUCCAGGCAUAAACUGGGGUUUGGCUGUACUAAAUUAUAAACAAAAAUUAACUUGAAACAAUGGUUUUAUACAUUACUGCAUUCAAACCUAGCAGAAAUUGUAAUGGUCUAUACAGGAACUCAUUUUACUAAUAUUGUGUUCUUUAAAACACUGCAUUUACACUGAAAACGUUUUCAUUUGUAAAACUGUAAAUAAGAGCUUUUAUACUAGCCUGGUAUUUAUUUACAUUGCUUUGUAAUAUAAGUGUUUUAGAACUGCAAUCUUGUACAAAAUGUUUUUUCCAGAUGUUGGUUUGUUCAUCUGUGUUUUCUCAUGCGAGAUAGAUUUGAAAAGUCAAAUUUUUUCAGGUUUUAUCACUUAAUUGUGAGGGAGAAAGCAAAUUUUAUCUGAAGAGGUUUAGAAAUAUCCAACUUUAGAUUGAAUACGCAAAUUUUUGUUCUGUACUUUUAUUUAUGAAUAUACAUUCCUGAGAAUGGUGGGCUAUGAAAAUAGAAUGUUCCAGACAAAUACUAAAGUGGUUUUCCACCUACUUCUUAGAGUUGCAUAUUUUAUUUCUGUAAAAUGCCUUUUGAAGUUUUUUAUUUAACUAUAGGUGUAGUUAAUCUGUAUCCUCACUUCAAGGCUAGUAGACCUUGCAAGUUACAGUUUUAGUAAAUUAUUUUCUUUGAAUGUAGAUGGAAAAUUAACCUCAAGAAGUUCUUUCUUGAGUUUCUCUUGCUUACAUUUAAGCCAGGAAGGUAAAUAGUUUAUUCCUAAUAUGAGGGCAAAACAACUUGGCCUUUUCUGUAUGCUUUUUUUGGUAGAUUAAUCUACCUGUUGGUGCCCUCAGAACAUGAGCAUUGCAAGGUGGAAAUGUUAAAAGCCAUCCUCUCUCAUCUCCUGUGUCUCGUCCAUGUUAACACUCAAGCUGUGGUUGAAGCAGGUGUAGGAGUGUGUUUGCUUUCAGCUGAGCGGAACUGCUGGGGCUGCCCCUCCUGCUCCCAGCUCAGCCCGCUGGGAGGGGAGGAGCAGCUCUGCCGCAGCAGCUGCUGCCUUUGGUGGCCCCGGUGAGGCCCUCGGGCAGAGGAGGAGUGCAGAAGGUGCAGCCCCUGCCCAGGUCAUUCGGGCUCCUGGCUGCACCCACCCGCUCCCUCAGCGCUGCCACAGCUCUCCUGUGUGUUCUGCUUUUCUGCCAUCUGCAGUUUUUACCUACGUAUUUCAAAGAUAUGUAAAUACAAAUUAUAAGUUACUUGGGGUUAAAGUGGGUAGGAGUCUAUUUUAGUUGUUUAAUAUUUCUACAUACAGAACACUGUCCCAGAAGACAAUUUGUUUGCAGGGCAUGUUAUCUUACCAUGGUUUUAAAUGUAGUAACUGAUCAGGAUAAUUAAAUCCUCUUGCUGAUGUGGUGGUUAUGUGAUUAUGCUCUAUGUAAAAAUGUAUUGAACCUUACCCAGUUAUGUGAGGAAACUGAAUAAGAUUGCAGAAUUCUUGCAGAAAGUAAUAUUGGCUAUGAAUAAAAAAGGCUUUGAUUUUUAGGUACUUUCUCCCAGCAUGUUGCCUGUUCCUUAGGUAUAGUAAUGCUGGAAUUUGUGUUCAUGCAAAUCUGUUAAUUAUGUUUAAAACUUUUUUGUUAUUGCUAAAAUGCUUCAUUCUAUAUGAAUGAUCACCUAAUGUCUUGUAAAAUAUUGUGGUAUGAUAGCAUUUUAAGUGGUACCACAAUGUUGGUUUUGUCUGUUUGGGGAUUUUUUGAGCUGUUUUUUUGCAUGACAUACCUUGCACUCUGAAGAUGGAAGCUGUAAUGAUUUGAUAAUACUGACUGUUGAGGUGAACCUUUAAUCCCUUGUGCAAUUAGUUCUGCUUUACUCAUCUUGAAGUGUCUUUACAUGUACUGUAUGACAUUCCAUAUCCAUUUAACACUAAAUAAAUUUAAUUCACUGUUUUUCUGGUAUCUUGGGAGUAAUUACAGAUGUAGUAUGUUAACCCAUUGUUUUAAAUGUAAGCGUGCACAAUGAUGUAACAAACUGCAUCACUGGAGGCAAAUUAAUUGCAUUAAGUAGAAGAGCUUUUAAUGUGGAUGAAAACCUGUAAAUACUGUGAAAACUUGUAGUUUGAUAUAUGGCAAACUGACAGCUUUAGCUAGCAGUGAAAAUGUUUUAGUAAUAAACCCAGAAGUCAGCUACAAUUUAUGCACUUAAAACUCCAUAAUAUGGUGCAGAACUGAGAAAGAAAACUUGCUUAUAUUGGUUUGGCAAAAGGAAAAGUGACCUGAAGAGUCUUACCUUUCAGAUAACUGCAUGGGUGUGAUACAUACCUGAGCAACAACAGAAGGAACUGUUUAGAUCACUGGUAAUAUUGCAAUAAGCAAGUAAUUUUAUUUCAGUAGGACCAUUUAUAUGGUGGUAGGUUUCCAAAACCAGGUUUGUAUAGAAGACUUAAAUAGACAUGAGCACUAGAGGGCAGGAAAGCAAAUGUUUUCUAAGAUCAGUGGUAAUGAAAAUUUUUAAAAGGUCUUGGGAACACAACUUCUGAUAAAAUUGCUCCUAAGAAUUCCACCUAUCUAGGUUGUAAAAAAUUAACUUCCCAUUCUUCAUUCGAUUUGGUUUUGUUUAAUUAAAUAAUUACUAUAAAAAGAAGUGAUACAGCUAAGCAAAUUGAAAAUAUUAGGAUCUUUUCUUAAAAGAUUUACUCAUAAGUUAAACUUUAGUUCUUAGAACUAAAAAAAACCAACUCAGCCACACUCUUCUAUCUUACAUAAAUUAAAAAGUUGAUUAUCCAUACAGUGCAUGUUACAGAGGUAUGUUUGCACUCAUUUUGAAUGCAAAUGACUGUAUAAAGGAAUUGCCACUGUCCUUUCUACCCUGAACUUGCUCAUUAGCCGUGUGUGUGUAUCUGUGAGUACACAUCUCCUGAAUGCAAUAUCAUAAAAUGGUCUUUCACUGGAAACAGCCCCAUGGGUGGCUUUCCUUCUGCCUUCCAUUUUAAAACAAUAGAGACUUGAUUGGUAUUGAGCUGAAGGCUGCUUUCUUGCUCCAGUGACCUGGCAGUGAGACUGACUGAGGGCUGCCCCUCUCUGCUUCCUGGAGCUGUGCUUAAGUUGCUGUAGGAGGUGGAGGUGGUGCCAGCGAGGAGGACAUAAGGGGAGGUGUGUCCCUCCUCUUGUCCCUGUGCAGCAAGCAUAAGCAGUGGUGCUUCUGAGAGUAUCGAGGCGUUUCUUCCCUCUCCCUGUGGCUCACUAGAUCAGAGAAAGGUACAGGCAGCCAGAGCAGAACACAGAAGAAAAAUCGUGUAUGUGACCGGUUUGAAGAUAACAAGUUCUGCCCUAAAAAGGGCAAGGUUGGCAACUGAGAGAAGACAGACAGGAGGGAGAGAAUAGAAGAAAUUAUAACCUGCAAAAAAAGAAAGGCAAAUUCUAUACACUGAAAAGGCAUGCUAGGAAUAGCAAAUAUAAUUGUUAGGAAUGGCCAAAGUAAUCAUGGUACAUCAGCUUCUCAAUUUACUUUUGACAUUAAAAAGCAAACAAACACUGGUGUGUGGACAUUACUUCUCUCUUUUUGAGAAGAACACACGUGUUUUAGAAGGGGAAAGUUGCAGCCAACUCAAAACAUUGAUAUUAGACCUGGGCAAAAGCAUGUGCAAGAAAAUAAAUAGGGUUUAAAUACCAAAGGCAAAUGCCCUGCACAAUAGAUCUUCAAAACUUUGGGUUUGGAGCAUUGAUUAUCAGAAAUAAGCUGAAAACCCCCCUGUAGACAGCAUAAGAGCAAAGUGUGUCACAUCAAAUUAUCCACCUGGAUUCUGUGUAGUGGUAGGAUGUGUAUGGGAAAGUGGGGAUUUUAAUUCAGCCAGGAAAUUCAAAGGAAGUGAAGGAGAGCUCCAUCUCUCCAUCUGCAAUCUUGAUAAAGCUGGUUCGUUGAUAAGUGACUCAGCUGGAGUCUUCCUGGGUGGCACCAAAGGUGAUUGGGAUGGCUCCUGACACGUGCAGUGACACAGCCAGGGUAACACUUCCUUGGCAGAGUUUUUAAGCUAGGACCAUUCACAGUUUUCAAAAGACCACGGCAGAAGUAUUUGUGCACCUUAACAUGUAAAACAAAUGUGAAUUGUUUAAGGAGCAAAAGAAGAUGCACCAGUGCCUAAGAAUGUGUGAUUGAGGCCUUUUAUAGUUGGAAAAGCAGCUUCAUGUCACCUGCUAAUGCUGUGUACAGAUCUGGAAUGGUACAUGUGGGGAAGGAUUAAUACUGAAUAGUGUAGCUGAUGGAAGUAGCCUGUGAAAUGGACUGGGAACUUGAUUUUUUCAGGGCCAGAGGUGUCUGGCUUUGUGUUGUCCAGCUGCUUUUCAAAAAGGUAACCUUUGCCAGCAUUUGGAAGCUUUUCUCACAAUAAAUUUAUUUAUUCACUCUUACUUAUUUCACAAGAAAUCUAUUCAAUUUUGUGGGGCUGUGGACAUCAUAGAUCAAUAGAUGUGUACAGAAAUAGAAUUUCUUACUAGCCUGAUAAAGAAGCUGGUAAGUAAAUUAAGCAGCUAUUGUUUUAAUUAAUGACAGAGUAAGCUACUAAGCAGUCCAGAAGUGUCAUCUUUAAAUAAAUAAACCUGUAUAUGAUGACCAAUGUCUGAUCAUGGUUCCCUAUUUGAAAGUAUUUCACUGAAGCAUUGCAAACAUGAAAUUAACUAAUCAGAUUUGAAAUUAAGGAGGUUUACUUUGAAUAAUAGGUAUUCAUUAGAGCACUUGUUUUCAUCAAAGUCUUAAUUAGUAUUUAGGGAAAAAACCUACUUAGCAGCUGGGUACUAAAACUUCAAGAUUUAUAAAUAAUCAAAAAAUACAUAAACAAGUGCAAUUUGUACAGACAGCAGCAUAGUUCCAGGAAAAACAUGAGGCCCCUGAAGCACAUUGUGUCAAAGAUGUUAUUUAAUGCAAAGAUUCUAAACCAAGUAAUCAGACAGUGAAAUAAAUCUGACUUCAAACAAAAUGGGCUAAUGUUAAAGCAUAUUUCAAAAUAUUAGGAAUGUGAAAAUACACUAGAAACUGCAAAGUGAUAGGUUUUAAGAAAACAUUCUCCUAUUGGGAGUAAAUCUCUGAAUGGAGAAGCAUUUAGCACAUUACUAGAGAGAUGGAUUUCUGAAGGUGCAGAACAGACCUUGAGAAAAACAUGAGGUUUAAAAAAAAGGAAGGGAGCAGGGGUGUGGGUGUAAUUGACUGAGCAUCUCAGAGUGGUGGCAACUACAUUAACAGAGAAAAUCAGGUCAGUGGUACACCACAAGGUCAAGGAAAUAGUCCACACUAAAUUAGAGUGAAAGGCACCAAGUGUCUUGAUAAGGAGGAAAAAUUAGAGAAACAUGCUGCUCUUUUUUGUCAGUGUGUCAGAUUGCUGCAUUUCUGAAAUAAAAAAUUUACAGUGAACCUUCUGUCCAACAUCCUACAUAUAUAUGCCAUGUAAGCAUUUUGGGCAGCUUUAAAAGCCUCUUGGCAUUUGUAUAAUCAGACUCAAAAUGAGGUGGAGAGGCAGAAUGAUGAGCUAGCUCAUUUCAAGCAAUUCUCAAUAGUAGCACAGAGCAGAUAAGUCCCGGGGGGAAUUCUAAUGGGAAUAACCCAUUAUGGAUAGGACUGGAGAAAUAUGGAAACCUACUUUUUUAUGUAAUUGUAUAUUAAACCAUAUUCCAAAGCACUUCUGAAAUACCACCUGCUAUAAAAGUGUUCUUAGUCAAUUAUAAAUUUGUAAACACUGAUAAAAAUAAGAGAUAUUUAUAAAAUGCAGAAAGAAAUAAUAGUAAUUUCAGACCUGAAGCAGUUAAGUGGAAUAUUUCAGUUAAAAGGAAAAUUUCACGCGUGGUGUAAAUAGAUUUAUUCAGGGACGUGCUUUAAAGUUUUGAGUAGUUUUAUUCCUGUGAGUACCAUGUGUCAGUUGUGGGGACAUGGUGCAGCAGAAAUACUGAAAUCAUGACAAUACUUCGCAAGAGAUACGAGAAUCUUGUGGCAAAUUUUAAAAGCCAAGGACUCAUAUAAAAUAGUCCAUAAACUCUUGAGUUUAGAUAUGCCUCCGCUAUGUCUUCUGAGACUUCUCUCCCCUUUCUCAAAAAUACCAGCUGUUCAGUAAAGCAGUUGAACAAAAUGUAUGAGUUAAAUAUUUCAUAUAUCAAGUUUCAGCUGGAUUUAGUUUUUUGUAAAGAAGAAAGAAUAACAGUGUGACUUUGUACAAUUAAUAGCUUAAAUAUUAUUGUGUGAUAGGGUGCAUUGUUAUGUAUUACAGAUGUUUCACUGCAAUAUCAAUAAAUAACAUGUUUUCCUUUAAAAAAAGAAACAAA